AAUUCUUUUGAAACAAAUUAAAUUCCCAAUUUAUUAUUUCCUGCACCGAUUGUUUUAUUCCCUCUAAUUUUGUCCUUAAUUCUUAUCUGAUUUUCUGUUAUUCUUACUGAAUUAUUUCCCAGAAAAAAAUGAUUGAAAAUCUGUGGCCGUCGAUUUUUGCUCUUAAAUCAUGGUUGAAAGUUUAGGGUUAUCGUUCAGGUACUGUCAGUCUGGCGUUGAAUGCAACGAUAUAAAGCUAAAGAGGGGCCUUUAUUUUCGUAUUCAUUGCCAGAAAAACAGGAGAAAGGGCUUCUCUCUUCCAUGAGAUUGAAGUUUUUACGUAACUAUGUUGGAUGAGAAAGGUCUGCAUCUCUUCUACAUGUAUUGGUUCAGGUUCCCCUAGUGGGCAAAAGAACUCUCUUCACUCUGGCAGCUGCAACUAGCUUGAAUCCUUCUCGCACCUACAAAUGGGUGUGGGAUAAUGGAGUGAUUUCUCUUGGUGUUUUGAGGAAAUCAAGAUCAUCACACAUUUGGCGAUUGUGUCGUGUUUUAGAGGGUCGGUCGCUCGAUUAUGGUUAAGGUUAUUAUUGGCAAAAACUGUUGAAACUAUCUAUAUAAUUGCCUAUUGUUCAUCCCCUUCGUCUUGUAAGGAUUAGACCUUUGUUUUAGGCUUGUCAUUAAACGAGCAAGUUGAUUGCCGUGGAUGUAGUUUUCAGUUGGUUCUCCUUCUCCACAAUGGUUAUAUUUUCUUGUUUCCAUGCUCACAUCCAUAACCACAAACUAAAGAAAACGGGCCAACCAUCAACCGAGGCAAUGCAGAAAUCACUCCAAGAUCUUUCUCCAAGUAAUGUCUCAAAGGAUGCUCCUCAGAGUACAACUCCUAAUCAAUUAUUGAUAAAGACAGGGAAUGCUAAACAAGAUACCAACAGAGCAGAUCACAUGGCUUCCAUAAUUGAGAAUAGCAGAAUGGCUUUUGAGACGUGUGGCCUUAAGAAAAGUCAGUCCCUAGGAAGCAUGCCAUAUGGGGAUGGUUCAGCUGCUGCAGACAACACCACCGAAGAUGGAAGAGUAUUUUCCUGUAACAGUUCCCAAUGUAGGCUUGAGAUUUCAGAUUCUAGAAAGGCUCGAGGAUCAGGCAUCUCUGCUCGGUUUAAAGACGUUGUAGAUUCAGACUCUAUUCGUGCAAGUUCUGGUCCUGUUAUUACAGAAGAAAUCUUCCCUACUGAUGACCCUCCAUUUAGAGAAAGGGAAGGUGCGGAAAAUGCUGGUUCUGUGUUAUCUUGUGAUGAUGAUGAUAGAAAUUAUACACCGAGUACCACACAAAUGAUCGUAAAAUCAUGUUCGAUGCCAAACUUUGAUGCCUCAUCACCUGUUUCUGAUGGUUGUUCACCCUGUAAUGAUUUCCUACUGCCAUCGAGAUCUUCUGAGGAUCUCCAACACUUAGUUCCAAGGCAUGGAGAGAUCUCACUUAAGGAGAUGGAAGUGCAGGUAAAUGGAUCCCAAUCAAGAGAAGAUAUUAUGGAUGAGACCGAGAAAAUUUAUUAUGAAAAUUUUUCGGAUGAUGGAAAAGAUUCUUACUGCAAUGUAGUGCGGGACUGGAGAACAUCAGUUGUAGAUGAUAUAAACCCAAGGGAAACUCUACAAGAAGAAUCCAUGGUACAACAUGUCAAUGAAUUGCCAAGCAAUGAUUUCAAGAUUAAGCGUAUUGAGGAGUGGGUCAGUGAUCUUCAACUUUGUCAUCCAUCUGAUGAAACAACUGAAGUAUAUGAAUCUGCUGCUAACGAAGUGAAAAGAGUUUCUGGUAUUGAAACUAGUUCCAGUGUUGGACGAAUCGAUUCCAAAGCAACUGCAGGCAUGGAAGCUGCUAAGAGAUAUAUAUCUUCAAUGAAUGCAGCAGCCUCUACUGCACAAUUGGCAAACCAUGGAUUGGUUGUGAUUCCAUUCCUUAGUGCAUUCGGAAGCUUAAAGGUUCUCAAUCUAUCAGCAAACUCCAUAGGAAAAAUUACUGCAGGUGCCCUACCACGAGGUUUACAUAGCCUGAAUUUGUCUAAAAAUAACAUUGCAACCAUUGAAGGCUUACGGGAACUGACACGACUACGUGUGCUGGAUUUGAGCUAUAACCGGAUAGUUCGAAUUGGACAUGGCCUGGCUUCUUGCUCAUCGUUGAAGGAGUUGUAUUUAGCUGGAAAUAAAAUUAGUGAGGUUGAAGGUCUUCACCGACUCUUAAAAUUGUGCAUACUCGACCUGCGCUUUAACAAGAUCUCGACAACCAAGAGUCUCGGCCAACUCGCUGCCAAUUACAAUUCUUUGCAAGCCAUCAGCUUGGAAGGCAACCCAGCACAGAAGAAUGUUGGAGACGACCAAUUGAAGAAACAGCUGCAGGGUCUUCUUCCACAUCUGGUUUACUAUAAUCGACAGCCCACCAAAGGCAGUACCUUGAAGGACGGUGCCGACCGGUCAGUCCGCCUAGGUAUAAGUGGCCAUCAGCUCGAGCAUGGCACUAGACCAGAUCACAAGAACAUGAGGAAGACUGCUCAGAGCCAUAGAAGUCAGGGAUUAGACUCGCCUAGACGAUCCAAACAUCGCUAUGGAAAUGUCCCUGCCCUGCCCCCUACUGGAACUAAAAUAAAUGGUAGUAAUCGACACCACCAUCGUUUUGACAUCAACAACAAGCAAUUCGAGUAUAAAUCGAACUCCCAUAUGCGGCGGAGUCGAAGUGAGGGAACCUUGGCAGAUCUUUGAGUUAAUUAGUUAUUUACUGUACUUAUCGAAUGAGUUGAGUUGUCUGGACUACUCUUUUGAACUGUUAUGUUUAGCGUUCAAUAAUCUCUCAAUAUGACAUCAAUAUUCAAAUUUUCUUCA